AUGGCAUCUCUGACAAUCGAGCGAAUAAACGAGAUAUUUUCCAAGAAUCCGAGUGAAAUUGAGAAAUUUUUCGCGGAUUUGAACGCUCGUCACACUCAACCCAACAAUAUCAUCGAGUUGCCGACGGAAAAUAAAAUGGUAUGUUGAAAAUUAUUUUUUGAAAUUUUUUAAAGCCUUUUUUUAGCUGCUCGGCGAAAAAAUCUCGGAAUUUCUGGAAAUUCCCGAUUUGGCGCCGACUUUGCUUUUUACCCUUCGCAUUUGUAGCCGAGAUGUCAACGGAAUCGAGGUCGGCAAUCCUUUUUUGAAUUUCUUGCCAUUUUUCAUUUUCAGAGCCUUCUCAGCACUCAACUCUGCGAAAAAUUGCUCAAUUUCGCGUGUGUCCUGAAAAAUGGAAAACCAUUUACCACAGUUCCAAGUUUGUCUAUUUUUCCAGACAAACAUUUGAAAAUUCCGAAUUUUCAGCACUAAUUGAGGCUCAAAAAAGUCUGAUCAACACGGUUUUCCAUUCGAGCAAAAUGCGCAGUGUUCUUAAGUGAGUUUGCGAUUUCUUACAAGCAAAAUUAGUGGAAAAAUCGAUAUCAAAUUUACAGAGAGCACAACGAGCGGCUCAUUCCAUUUUUGGCCGAAUUCGACGAGUCGCGUCGCAAAACGUCGAAAUUCGAAUGGAUUCGGCAGUUGGACGACAAAACCGCCGACGAAAUCGCCUUUUUCUACCAUAAAAUCGCUUUUGUGGCCACCGCGAAGUGCAAGGAUAUUCAGGUGAGGUUUCGGGAACAAACAGAAGUUUUCCUGCGUAUUUCUCAAAAACCAGGGCUGGGCAAAAGGCCGGCGCAGGCUUUUUGAAAACCUGCCGAUGCCUGGACUUUUGACCCAUUUUCGAGGAUCCAGUCGGGCCCAAACUUAUUGAAGUAUUGAAGUAUAUUGGGACCAAGUUUCAGACCGGUCGGAUCAUCUGGUCCCGAGAUAUACUGGUUUGAGGCCGACAAGCCCCGGAUUGCGCAAAAAUUGCUGCCUUUGCGGACUCUGAUGAUCCACAUAUCUCGGGGCCAGAUUAUCCUAUCGAUCUGAAACUCGGACCCAGUAUACUUCAAUUCAUGUCCAAAAAACCUGCAAAGUUUGGUCCCUAUCGGAUCUUUGCAAGUGGGUCAAAAGUACAGGCCUCAGCAGGCUUUUAAAAAGCCUAGGCCAGUCUUUUGCCCAGCCCAGUCAAAAACAAAACUACUGUUUUUUUGCAGAAGUCGUGGCCGCACUAUCCGGGAAUCGUGGACAUUCUGAUGGUCCCACUGGAACGCCUUCUUCACAAAAAAACGGAUCCUACUGAUUUACAGUUCAAAAUCGCCGACGAAUCGCUUAAAACGUUCUUCAAUAUUUUCUGUCGUGAAGAAAAGGAUUUGCCCGCCAUUGAGAAGGUUCUUAAUGCUUUUUCCAAUUUUUCAAUGCAUCUUUCUUCAGGAACAAGCCUCGAAAGCGUCCCGAAUCUUCCGUGACCUGAUUCUAUCGGAUUCACUGCCUGAAAUUGUGGUCCAAUCGGCCGUCCACUGCCUUUCGGUUCCUCCGCUUCGCAUCGAUUUGAGCAUCGUUUGCGGGGAUCCGAAAGCCCCGCCCACUCAAAAAGAACAGGAAUUCAAGAAUAUGGAGCUGACCGAACGACUUCUCGCUAUUAUUGAACGCAAGUGCGAUGAGGUAAACAUUUUAGACAAAUUUAAGCGUCAAAAAAUCAGAAAAAUACUGAAUAAUUUCCAGAUUCGAGAGUUGGGAACGGAUCCGUUGGCGACGGAAUCCACCGAAAUGCUCGGACCGUACUUUCAAUUCUUGAGCCGACUCUGCAUGCUUAACAAGUAUUCGCGACGCUAUUGCAGACUCAGAGUGCGUUUUUUUGUUUUUUUUUGUAUGGGAAUCAUUUUUUGCAGAUAAUCCCUCCGUUGACGGCCGAAGAAGUGCAGAAACGACCGGAAGAGCAGGAGAACCUGCGCGGCAAACUGUGUCGGAUGAUGAUGACUCCGACGGCGACGAAAGAAGUCGUCCAGGCGUUCCUUUUCAUCAUUUGCAAGCGAUCCAGUACGUGACACGAAUGAUUAAUUUUUGUCAAAGGUGAAUUUGCAGCCGACCGUUUCAUCAAAUACUUUGGAUUCGGCCACGCCGCCGGUCAUCUAGCCAAUUUGGGACUGCUCGGAACGAUAAAUCAGGCGAAACGCGACUCGGAUUCGGAGGAUUCCGAGACGGAAGAGUACAAUAGCAUCAGGGAUACGUGAGUGUUUAAAGACAAUUUUUUGGAAAGAAAUUACUGUUACAGGAAAAGCGUUUUGUUUUUAACUGGAAAAACCUGAGAGAUGGUUUUUCCCUGUCUUCCUUCAUUCAAUGUUAAUUUUCAGUGUGAAUCCGGUGACGGGAGCGGUGUAUCCGGCCGAUCGAGGCUCUAUUUUGGCCGGAAUGAGCGACGAGCAGAAGGAGUUCGAGGCGAUGAAAUUGGUGGAUGCGAUGAACAAAAUGAUGGAAGCCGGUCAGUGAUUUUUCCGAAAAAUUGGCAAUUUUUUUUACUGUUUUAGCACUAGUAAUUGAAUGCUAGAAGUACAGACUACAUCCUUCAAUACUACUGAAGAUUGUUAGUAAAACUGAACAGUUUUCGAAUUUACGCUUGUGGUCUAUUAUUUGGGUCCAUUCUUCCCGGACACAGCCAAAAAUUGCAAAUGUUUGCAGGAAUUGUAAAGCCCGGAACGAUUGGAGAAGACGGAAAAGUGCGCGAAGUGAAGCACGUUCUGGAGCUCAUUGAUAAAGUUCAGGAGCUCGACGACAACUCGGAUUCGGACUAA